ACGACUGACACUGGACAGGAUGUGGAACGUGUUCCGAGAUUAUCUCUUUAUUAACACUUUUAAAGCUAAAACAAAGUCAUGUUCAGUCAAUGGUUUUAACGCCAUCUAACGGCGUUAAAGCAACAUGGAUAUAUAUACAUCGGAUAUACACUACGAAUGUGUAUUGGUUGUUCUGUAUUUAACGUUUAUACACGGCAUAAUAAGAGUGAGCAGAAAAAUAUUGAAUACUUGUAUAAACAUCCACGAAAUCAGUCAACGGGAAUAAAAUCAAAUUAUACAGAUAUUGCGUUAUAAUUUAUGUAGCCCAGGAAAAUAUUUUAAUAAGUAAAAAUACAACACUCACGAUGUCACAAAAGUUUUCUUUAAUUAUUUAUUUUCUGGCGUUGUCGAUUUUCAGUUUGAUUUCAAUUAAAGGUAAAUAUUUAAUUUAUCAAUACCCGUAUUCAUCAUACGUUUAACUUAUGAUAUAAUAUAUAUAUUUUGUAGAUUGUGGGAAAGUCGUCUGUUAUUUUAGCAGUUGGGCUAUUUACCGUCCUGACAUUGGAAAAUAUACCAGUGCCGAUAUACCGGUUAACGAUUGUACCCAUAUUCUUUACGCUUUCGUCGGUCUAGACAACAAGACUUGGUCUGUAAAUGUCCUCGAUCCCGAUGUAAUUUUUUUUUUUUUUCUAUUUGUAUGUAAUUAUUUAAAAUAUAUUAUGUUAUCGUUUAUUUAGGUCGACGUGACACAAAACGGUUUUAGGAAUUUUACGAAUCUUAAAAUAAAGAACCCGCAAGCAAAGUUUAUGGUAAGUCUUGGUGGUUGGGGAGAAGGAGGAAAACAGUAUUCUGAUUUAGUAUCUUCUCCGUCGAGACGAGCAACAUUCAUCUCGAGCGCAGUAGGCAAGUCGUUAAAAAUACAAAUGAAUAAUAGAUACUAUGUGAAUUAUAAAAUACACUUUUAUGUAAACAUAUAUACAAUUAUAUUAUCUAAUAUAAAUAUAAUAAUUAAUAAUAUAUUCUAAUAGAAUUCCUCAAUAAAUACAAUUUUGAUGGUAUGGAUCUCGAUUGGGAAUAUCCCGGAUCAGAAGAUCGCGACGGACAUCCUACAGAUUUAGAGAAUUUCUAUUUGUUUGUAAAAGAACUCAGAUUUGCAUUUAUAAAUCGACCUGAUUGGGAAAUCACAAUUGCUGCGCCCUUGUCAGAAUUUCGAUUAAAGAAAGGUUAUAACAUUCCAGGAUUAUGUCAGUAAGCUAUAACAAUAUAAUUAAAAUAUUGUUUGUUUUACAUAUCUAUUCGAUAAAACAUGUUAUAGUUUAUUGUAUUUUUAGAAUAUUUAACUUUACUGCAUUCCUGUCAGUGUUUUUUUGAAAUUUUGAAAUUUUAAGCUGUUUCGGGGGUGAGGAUGAGAGGAAUUUUAAAUAAUUUUAAUGUAUUAAAUUGAAAAUAAUAUAUUUCGUGAAUUUUCCAGUUUUUUCCAUUAAUUAUGAAAACCCUUUUAAAUAUCAAAAAAUUACCUUCUUAAUGUACCACCCCAGUCAGAUUUCCUUUCAUAAAGAGUGCUACACUUGAAAAUCAGAGCAACAUUUCUGAAUCUAAAAUACAAUACAUGCAUUUCAUUAUUUGAUUUAUAAGGAUUAACAAGAUAACUAAUUAAUUUUUUAGUGAAUUGUGUUUUUAUUAUUUUUAGAAUAGUCGAUGCUAUACACGUAAUGGCUUACGACUUACGAACUAAUGAAGACGGAUUUGCGGACGUCCAGAGUCCGCUGUACAGGAGACCUACGGACAAAAAUAAAUACGUAUAUUGGAACGUGGUACGUAAUCAAUAGACAAAAAUCCAAAGAAUAACUAAAUAGCAUAUAAGAAUAUGUAUGAUUUAUUUAUAUUACAAUGGUAUUAUGCAUAUAAAUAUCCAUCGGUAGUCGAUUUAUAUUAAAGUGUUGAUUUGGUUUUACUAUCGUAGGCCGACGGGAUGCAAUUGUGGGAGAAUCUUGGAUGUCCAGCAUACAAGUUGAUAAUGGGUAUGCCGUUUUAUGGGAGGUCGUACACCUUGAUCAACGACAAUUCUCACGCGAUCGGUACCCCUAUCAAACCUGGAUCAGAAGGCGGUACCGCCGGGACCUACACACAGGAAGCCGGAAGUUUAGCCUAUUACGAAAUAUGUAAAGAUUUACAGCGCAAUGGAGGCGGCUGGACUCCAAUGUGGGAUCCCAUAGGAUUGUGUCCGUACAUGUACAAAGGUUAAAAUGUCGUUCGAGAUGUGCGUUUUAGGCUGAACAAAACCGCGAUACACAAAUUAAAAUAACAGCCCAACAAAAUGUUUGCUAAAAUCAUAGAAAAUUAUAAUGUAGAAACGUUGACGUAUAAUGGCACGAUAUCGAGUUACAGAUAAAACAAACAGUUUUGAUGGCCAGUUUUGACUGUCAUCACCACGAUAUGUCGUGAUUUAACCACCGAAACGCGAAGUCACCAAAACGCGUAAAAUUAUCGCAGUACCCGACAGCAGUUUUAUCAAUUUGUACCACAAUUAUUUCAAUACAUUUACGGGAUGAACCCAGUAUAUCUCGUUCGGCUUUUUUUCCCCGUUAUACCGAUAUCGAUCUUUAGACACUUGAGAGUUAUGCGAUAUCUGCACAAUUUGAAGCACUUCCGCUUUUAUUACACUUAAGUUUUUAAUCCCAAUAGUGAAAGUUUUUAAAUGGAUAGAUAUCAUGUAAAACAAAAUGUCCAAACGCUUUAAUUAUCAAAAUUAAAAAAUUAGAAAAUCGAUCUUAAGUAGAUUUGUAUCUGUCCAUAGAUUUCUUAUCGUAUCAUUAUAGAUCAAUCGACACAAUAUACAAAAAAAGAGCAGAUACUAUUGAUGGGUGCGUCACUGUCGUUGGUAGGCAAUUAGGAAGAUAUAGGAUAUAUAAAGUUAUUUAAUUUAUAUCUGUAAGCAAUAAUAAACCAUUGCUAACAUAAAAUGAUUCUGAGCAAAGUUCGUUUAUAUAUAAUUUCAAAGACAGUAAUAUUUAUGAUUUUCGUAAAAUUUUUAUCUUAAAACCAUUAUAAAACAAAAUUACUACUUGAAUUUACACUGAACUUUCUUUUUAACCACUAAGUACAAUUUAUAAUAAAUUUCAUGUUAAAUUUCCAAGCAUUUAUUUGGUAGUUCCUAUCAAAUAAAAACUAUGUAAAAAACUCGUAAACGGAAAAUCAACAAACGACUUACUUCCUUCCUUACUAGAUCCAAAAUCCAACAAAAUAGUGGAAUUUUCAGAUUAAAGCAAUAUUUCUGGUAGGAAAUUUAUUUACAGAUAGAAAAAAAACACAAAUAGUAAAACCAAUAAAUCCCUCAUUUUUCUCCGAAUUCAAAAUGGGUAUCUACCCACCUAUCUGUUGAGUAAAAAAAAAAAAAACGAUUGGUAUCAAAUCCCCAGAAACAGAAGUUUAGCUGUUUUAGUCUGCAAACGACUGUAUAUCUUAUAUUAUUUUAAUGAAUAUUAUUAUGUAUUGUCGUGUGUACAGGUGAUCAGUGGGUUGGCUACGAUAACACGACGAGUCUAAGUUACAAAUUGGAUUAUAUCAAAGAACAUGGUUAUGGUGGAGCGAUGGUUUGGGCUAUUGACAUGGAUGACUUUCAUGCUAUUUGUGGUCCCAAAAAUCCUCUCAUUCGAGUCAUUCGGGAAGCUAUGAUGGAAUAUCGCAUUACUCAGAUUUAUUAAAAGACAAAAUCGACGUCAAAAAUCAUAUUAAUAAUAUAAUAAUGUUUUCACUUUUUCUCCUAUGGAUAUUUAUACAAGGAAAUCGAUAUGCAUUACCGUUAUUACGCGUAAUUAGUGUUUACGUCAGACGUCUUUCAUGUUGACAUCACUGUAUUACCCGCAUGCUUAUUUGAGUAUCUGGUAAGAUAAAUGCAAACAAAAUUAAGUACACA